UUCGAAAGAUGGCGACCAUUAACCCAGAGAUUGAUUUAUGAAAUAAAUCGUCUGCUGAUCCAGAGUGAGAUAGUUUAAGCAAAUCGCUUGCACGAUGUUAACAUUACGUUUACAUGUAUGUGAGAGCAUGGAACGACAACUCUGGUGGGAGAUUGAAUUUAGCUUUAUGAGAAAAUUAAGUGAAAUUACCAAGGGCAUUUCAUAUAGUGAAUGUCAUAUACUUGUGAUAGUUUAAGUCUAACAUUGAAAUGGAAUCAAAUGAUGUAACAUCUAAACAAAGAGUACAUAUUAGUAUAUAAAGCUCGUCCAUGUCUUUCGAAACAAACUGUGAUUAAAUAAACAAGUCCAAAUUCAAUUACGCAAGCUAUAAUCAUAAUCAGUGGACGGUAUACAUACAGUGCGUAGCUAUGUUGGAAGGAUUUUCCGUAACGUCUGUCGGACUGAUUAUCUUGGUAUGCUUCCUGGUUCACCGGGUUCUGUUCAGCAGAAACGCCGGAAACCUGCCGCCGUCUCCCGGCAUCUGCCUUCCCUUCAUCGGGCAUAGCUACCUUAUGCGAGCGGAUAUGAGGCCGACAUUGGCGCGACUCCGGAAGCAAUGCGGCGAUGUGUAUUACAUGAAGUGGGGGAGCGUACCGGUCGUGAUCCUCAGCGGAUAUGACGUCAUUGUGGACGCCUUCAAGAAGCAAGCCGAUCCUUUCGCAUCAAGACCGAAGUUGUUCGUUUUGGAAAAGGUCACCCGAGGAAAAGGCAUAGUUAUGGCUAGCGGGGAACCAUGGCGUGAGCACAGAAGAUUCACACUUGGCACACUGAAGGACUUUGGUAUGGGCAAGACCAGGCUAGACGCUACCAUACAGGAACAAGCUGCGUUGAUGGUCGAGGAGAUAGGAAAGCACAAUAGUGAACCUUUCGAUCCCAAAGAUGUGAUUAGUGCCCACGUCGCUAACGUGAUUUGCUCGAUGGUGUUCCGAAAACAGUUCAAACAUGACGACCCGCGAUUUAAAGGAAUAAUACAAAAGUUCGAUGAAAAUAUAAACUCCGCGGGCGGCAUCGCCAACUUCUUCCCGUGGGCAGCCCGCCUGCCCGGGGAUCCCUUGGGGGUCGGACGUAUGAUCGCCAACUCGGACGCCGUGCACGCCUACUGCGCGGACAUAGUACGGGAGCACGUGGAGACGUUCGACGAGAACUGCAUUGACGACCUGGUCAGCGCCUACAUCAGAGAGUUGAAGAAGCACGAGCAGACGAACGAGCAGACGACUAUGAGCUACGAGUAUCUCGAGACACUAAUCGGGGACUUGUUCAUGGCCGGCUCGGAAACGACGACGACCGCGCUCCGAUGGAGUCUCGUUUGCCUAACGGAAUAUCCAGAGAUUCAAGAACGCUUGUAUCGGGAAAUUACAAGCAGCAUCGGCAUUUUCCGCCCUCCUUCCGUCAUGGACCGGUCAUCCUUAGUGCAUGUGGAGGCCUUCUACAUGGAGGUGUUAAGAUUCUGCAACUUAACAAUCAUCGCCGGAAUGCACAGUACAUCUGAAACUGUGACGCUCAGAGGUUACACUAUACCACCAGACGCAGUUAUUAUUCCCGAUAUUGGAUCCGUAUUCAGGGAUCCCGAAAUAUGGGGCGACCCGCUCGUGUUUCGACCCGACAGGUUCAUUGACGAGCACGGAAAGCUAAUCAAACGGGAUGAAUUUAUUGCAUUUUUCAUUGGAAAACGCAGUUGUGUCGGGGAGUCUCUCGCACGGACCGAGCUUCUGUUGUUCCUUAGCAGCCUCGUGCAGAGGUUUCGUUUUGAAAGUCCGGCUGGGGAAGAAGUCUCCAUGGCGACCACGGACGGGGUGUUCGGAAUGGUGCAUGCGCCGAAGCCUUACAGGAUUGUAGCAGUACCUCGGGGCGGCUGACCGGCAGUGCACGUGAUUCGCACAUAAUGACAAUAUAAAGAUUUUGUAUAAUUCCUUUAUACACAUAUUAUGUAAUUCAAUUAAAAUAAUUUUAGUCAAAUUUAGCAAAAAAAAAUUAAAAAAGCGCAAUCUUUAAUACUUAAAAGUCUUUGGGUCGGCGCAAACAUUUAUGAUUGGUAGGGUUAAUUGAAAAUAACUACCUUUUCUCUCUUUAGCUGAUAGUUGUUAUAUUAUAUUCAAUGUGAAACUUAAUGUUAUUGAGUCUCAUAAAAGGGGUUCAAUAAAUACUUUAAAAUUGUUUGAAUUCGAUAGUUUCGCAAAUAUCACGUAUAUAGUAAUGCUUCCAUGCACAUGUGUCAGCGUUUUAGCUAUUGUGAGGAUUGAUUAAGCAUUGAAAUAAAGACAUUUUAUGAGGCAAAGGCAUCUACCGUCCAUGUAAAGCCGCAUCUGGCUUUUGUUGGUGUUUUUUGGUGUAGCUGUAUAACACAGGUUUUUACCUUAACUUAUUUUUUCCAAGAGCCCAUAAAAUAUUGGAAUCUCCGCCAGUAGGCCCGAAUGAAUAACUGGAAGUUUCGCACUGGUUAAAAUACCUAAACUAAGCAAAAUUGUAUGUAUUAUGUAUAUAUGUCUUCAAAGAAACAUUUUAAAUACGGAGAACUGUUCAUCUAAAUUUAUUUUGAUCAUUUGCUCGAUAUUCUAAUCAGCUCGACGAUGCGGACUGGACCGCCAAUCAGUUUUUUGUUGAUAUUAACAUUAUAUUGCUAUAAUUUAUCAAAAAGAACUUUAUCAUGACUAUUCCUUAUGUGUUUUGUGAGUUUAUAAUGAAUAAAUGCUAAAAUAUCUUG